GGGGGCAUUUGUGGAAAAACAGAGGUAACAAAACCUCAUAUAAGAAUCCACAAACCCCUCGCUUCUCUUCAUUCUUCACUGAUCUUAUCGUUCCUUUCUCGCGCGGCUAGGGUUUUAGCUAAAGCCUUCUCUUCAGUUCAAAGCUAAAGACUUGACAAUGGGCAAAGAGAAGGUUCACAUCAGCAUUGUGGUUAUUGGCCAUGUUGACUCUGGCAAGUCAACUACUACUGGCCACUUGAUCUACAAGCUUGGAGGUAUUGACAAGCGUGUUAUUGAGAGAUUUGAGAAAGAAGCUGCUGAGAUGAACAAGAGAUCAUUCAAGUAUGCCUGGGUGCUUGACAAGCUUAAAGCUGAGCGUGAGCGUGGUAUCACCAUUGAUAUCGCAUUGUGGAAGUUUGAGACCACUAGGUACUACUGCACAGUCAUUGAUGCCCCUGGACACCGUGACUUCAUUAAGAACAUGAUUACUGGUACCUCCCAGGCUGAUUGUGCUGUUCUUAUUAUUGACUCCACCACUGGAGGUUUUGAAGCUGGUAUCUCAAAGGAUGGGCAGACUCGUGAGCAUGCUCUUCUUGCCUUCACCCUUGGUGUCAGACAAAUGAUUUGCUGCUGUAACAAGAUGGAUGCCACCACCCCAAAGUACUCAAAAGCAAGAUAUGAUGAAAUUGUCAAGGAAGUUUCUUCCUACCUCAAGAAAGUUGGAUACAACCCGGACAAGAUUCCUUUUGUCCCCAUAUCAGGAUUUGAGGGUGAUAACAUGAUUGAGAGAUCCACCAACCUUGAUUGGUACAAGGGUCCAACCCUUCUUGAGGCCCUUGACCAGGUCAAUGAACCCAAGAGACCCUCAGAUAAGCCCCUCCGCCUUCCACUACAGGAUGUAUAUAAGAUUGGUGGAAUUGGAACUGUGCCAGUGGGUCGUGUUGAGACUGGUAUCCUCAGGCCCGGUACAGUUGUCACCUUUGGUCCAUCUGGGUUGACAACUGAAGUUAAGUCUGUGGAGAUGCACCAUGAAGCUCUUCAAGAGGCUCUUCCUGGUGACAAUGUCGGUUUCAAUGUGAAGAAUGUUGCUGUCAAGGAUCUCAAGCGUGGUUUUGUUGCCUCAAAUUCCAAGGAUGAUCCUGCUAAGGAGGCUGCUAACUUCACUGCCCAAGUCAUUAUCAUGAAUCACCCCGGACAAAUUGGAGGCGGUUAUGCCCCAGUGCUUGAUUGCCACACUUCCCACAUUGCAGUCAAGUUUGCUGAGUUGCUUACCAAGAUUGACAGACGAUCAGGCAAGGAGCUUGAGAAGGAGCCCAAAUUCUUGAAGAACGGUGAUUCUGGGUUCGUGAAGAUGAUUCCCACCAAGCCCAUGGUGGUUGAAACCUUCUCUGAGUACCCUCCACUGGGUCGUUUUGCUGUCAGGGACAUGCGUCAGACCGUUGCUGUCGGUGUCAUCAAGGCUGUGGAGAAGAAGGAUCCUAGUGGAGCUAAGGUGACGAAAUCUGCUGCCAAGAAGGGUGGCAAAUGAAUCAUGCUGGCUGGCCUUAGUGGUCGAGAAGUUUAUCUUCAUAAGUACAAUAAAGAAUGGGUUAUUUUCCAGAUUUCAUCUGGAAGUUUACUGCUUUGUUUUGAUGGUUAUAGUUUCAAGUCGUCACCAUCAUCUCGUUCUAACCAUUCACAGAACUGGGUGCUGGACCGACGGUGGCGUAGUUAUUUUAUUCUUCAUGAUUUGGGUCGUUUGUUAAAUUUGCCAUGUUGAAUCUUGAGUAUGUUGCUACUGUUUCCGUAGUAUUUCUAGCUUUGUUCCUGUGUUGGACGAGUGAUUUUAUGUGCAUUUUACAAAUUUUAUCUAGUAUGUGUUAAAACUGUGCAUCUGAUUCAGCUUAUUUGCUUAUUUGAAUUUGGAAGUGGUUGAGCUGUA